UAUAUUUUAUUCGAAAUGUGCGGCUUGCCAGGCAAUUAGUGGAUGAAUUUGAGGGCGCUUAUGGUUUUUGAAGCCAACAAGUGCAAAUGGCGAUGGAGAAUCAUCAAAGUGCAAUGAAAUAUUCGAAAUAUUUGCGGCACCGGCCUCUACACACUCGUGUUCCAUGAUAGAUGCCUCAGAGCAGAGAACUAUCUCCCUUAAAUAAUUGGCAGCACAGAAAAAGUCGCCCAAAGUGAGACAUCGCUUCUUCUGCGCAAAAUGCAAUGGAUUGGAUUGAUAUUUCUUCGAUCCGCAGAAGUCUCACUUUAAGACUUCUGUGGGCAUGUGUAUGCCGGCAUUUUUCGUUCACCAAUACACAAAAAGAUUAACCAGUGCUGCCACUGGUUCAUCCACUGAUACACACACGCACACACAGCACUCAAGCCUCCACGACCUCUGACUGGGCAGCACUGUCGUGGUAGGCGUCUGUGUCGGGCAGUAAUUCCGAGAAACUUCAGCGUGUAUUAGUAGACCACUCCGCAUAAAUAAAAUAAAUUUCCCAUAAAUCAAUUUUUUUUGUGCAACCGAUCGCCAUAAACAAACGAACAGACGACUGGGAGCCGAUUACUUCCAUUUCGCUCGAAGCAGUGAAGGUUCUCGUUCAGCGGUGUUUCUUUCCAAUAAACAUUUUCAUUUCUUUCUCGCACAAAAAGAUGUCGGAGAAUAGCUUCAACUCAAAGUAUUUGGACGAUGACGAUGAGGACGAUGCGAUUGCUGCCUCUGAGGGCAAAGUUUCGAGCCAGGUGGCCAAGCGCAUCUGGCAGCCAACCAUCGAUGAUACUACCCCUGGGGUCUGGGAGCCGCCCGAGAAGCCCCUGCCCCACGUGGAGGAGGAUGCUCCGAUGAGUGCCGAGGCCCUGGCGGAGGCUCUAGCGGUGAGCGAGACCGCCUCGGACUUUAUACACGAAGUGGAGCGCUCUCUCUACGGCGACAACAGCAAGGAGAACGGCUCCGCCCAGUACUUCAAGGCGGCCGAGAAUUAUUCGCUGUUUAUGCAGCGCGUGAAGUUGGCCGGAGCUGGCUCGGGCUUCUGUGUUAUGGGCGGUUUUGGACAGAGCCGAUAGGUAUCAGGGCUGGAGAAGAAAGAGACAGCGGCAUCUAUAGUGGAUCCU